CUCUUCACAUCCCAAGUAUGGAGGAGAGAAACGUGCCGAUGAUGAAUCCGCAUGAUUCCACCGCCGAUCUUUUUACGGACUCUUCCUCCGCUGCUAAUUGCUCUCACCGGCCGUUUGAUGGAAUCAGCAAGGUACAUGGUGGCUGUCAAAUCACCAACAAUGAGGAAGAUGAAUCGCUUAAUAAGAAGGCUGCUUGUGACAUAUUCUCUGACGAUGAUGAAGAUGAUUCAAAUUACAAGACAGAGCUCCAUUGUCAUCAGGAUCAGCGGAGGAUGAGUUUGACAUCGAUUGUAGCGGUGGAUAAUACUGUACCUUACAACCCUCCCGUUAGGAGAACCAUCGAUCUCGGCCAUGGAAGCGACCUCAUCUACAUUCAGAGGUUUCUUCCAUUUCAACAAUCUUGGACUUUCUUCGAUUAUCUCGACAAGCAUAUUCCUUGGACCAGGCCCACCAUUCGCGUCUUUGGUCGAUCUUGCCUCCAGCCGAGAGAUACUUGUUAUGUUGCGAGUAGCGGAUUGACUUCGCUCGUGUACAGUGGAUAUCGACCUCAUGCUUAUUCGUGGGAUGAUUUUCCACCUCUCAAGGAGAUUCUGGAUGCUAUUUACAAGGCUCUUCCUGGAAGCAGAUUCAACAGCUUGCUGUUAAAUAGGUACAAAGGCGCAAAUGACUAUGUUGGUUGGCAUGCAGAUGAUGAAAAGCUUUAUGGUCCAACUCCUGAAAUUGCUUCGGUCUCGUUUGGAUGCGAACGUGAUUUUGUGUUGAAGAAAAAGAAACUUGAAGAAUCUUCUCAUGAGAAAACAGGAGAUGGUGGACCGGCGAGUAAGAGGUUAAAGAAAAGCAGCAAAGAAAAUCAACAAACUUUCACACUGAAGCAUGGAUCGUUGCUGGUGAUGAGGGGAUACACGCAAAGGGACUGGAUUCAUUCUGUGCCAAAACGUGCAAAGGCAGAGGGCACUCGUAUCAACCUCACCUUCAGGCUUGUUUUGUAAACCGAGCAAAGCAUCAUAGACAAGGUGUGCUUGAUCAUCAUCUCCAGUCACAUUGACUAGGCUUCUCAUCUUAGUUCUUUGACACUAGAUAUAAACACUGAUUCAUUUGAAGAAGCUAAUACUAAACUUGACGAGAAGAUCGAUAAAGAAGAGUGGCAGAGUUUUGUGUUGCGCCAGCCCUCUCUGUUGAACAACGGGACGCUUAGACAUCUAAUGGACAUACAAAAUGAUCAAAGAUGUGAUAUUUGGAUUUUGAUGCCAGGAAUGACCAAAAAAAGCUUCAAGCUUUAGAAAAACUUUUAUCUUCUCUAUUAGUCCAAAUCAUAACUGUUUUACAUACGGUUUUAUUUUUA